GGCUGACCAGGAAGUCAGAUAAACAACCGUGCCGAAAGAAAUAUGGAUUAAAUUUGGAAUUUGACACGGUCCAGAACAGUUUUGAGGGACUGUUGGUCGCCAGGUUGAGGGGAAAUCGCGGGGAAAUGAGUUUUAUUCGGAUCCGACAUGGCUGCAAUAUGAUGAAAUGCAUUGCUCCAUUGGGCACUUUGUCCAGCUCGGUCCCUGUGGCGCUGCAUAGAGCCUGAUGCCCAUUCUCGCAACAUCUGUCGUCAUGGACACGGAGGACUUCCUGCACCCGGAGGGCCCUCAAUCGGAGAGCCCUAAAUACAGUGUGCCCAGUCCUCCACUCCCCAAUGCCCUUGAGAGUCAGCUGUUUUCCCCUAACCCAUGGACGUAUUCCCAGCAGACUCAGUACAACCAGUACAGCUAUCCUAUGCAACAAUCUAGGCAGUUCCAGGUCAACCCCUCAUCCGUGGACGAGUUCGGCUCAUUCUCUGAAGUGGAUUUCUCUGACCUCACAUCAGGCAGGAAUGGAGACUUUCCAGCAGACCUGUCCUGUAUGGAUGAACUGUCCAACGCAUCUCUGUUCUCCUCUACCCCUGACUCUCUGUCUGAAUAUGCUGACCCUGCCGGCUUUAACAUCGAUAGCCUGCCCCACAUACCCAGUGAGGGCUCCAUCUCAACACCAGCAUUCUGGGACACACCUGGACACAGCCAGAGACAGUUGGCCAGGCUUCCAGUUUUGCCCUUUCUGGAUGAAAUCUUGAACAGCCAACCAUUAGUAGGAUAUAAGCUCCCUGAAAUCACUCAGACUCCACCAGAGGAGGAAGAGGAGGCAGAUGAGGAAGAAACAGAAGAACUCGGUCACGUGGACACCUACGCUGAAUACAAGCCAUCCAAAUCGACUAUAGGAAUUUCUCAUCCGGACAUUGUGGUAGAGACCAGCACUCUGUCCAGUGUCCCUCCCCCAGACAUCACCUACACACUCUCCAUCCCAGAUAACACUAUCCGGACCGGCCUGCUGUCUGCUCUGCAGCUCGAAGCCAUCAUCUAUGCUUGCCAGCAACACGAGGUUAUCCUGCAGAAUAACCAGAGGGCAGGUUUUCUGAUUGGGGACGGAGCCGGUGUGGGGAAGGGUCGCACUGUAGCUGGCAUUAUACUGGAGAACUACUUAAAAGGAAGGAAGCGAGCCCUGUGGUUCAGUGUGUCUAAUGAUCUGAAGUAUGAUGCAGAAAGAGACCUCAAGGACAUAGACGCCCCGAAUAUUCGUGUGUUUGCUUUAAACAAGAUUAAGUAUGGAGACACAGCUACCUCAGAGGGCGUCCUGUUUGCCACGUACUCAGCGCUGAUCGGGGAGAGUCAGGCAGGAGGACAGCACCGCACCCGACUCAAACAGAUACUGGACUGGUGUAAACCUGGCUUUGACGGAGUCAUUGUGUUUGAUGAAUGCCAUAAAGCCAAAAACGCGACAUCCACGAAGAUGGGCAAAGCUGUCCUGGACCUUCAGCACAAGCUGCCCCAAGCCAGGGUGGUGUAUGCUAGUGCCACAGGUGCCUCUGAGCCAAAGAACAUGAUCUAUAUGAGCCGGUUAGGGAUUUGGGGAGAGGGAACACCCUUCAGGACAUUCGAGGACUUCCUACAUGCCAUUGAGAAGCGGGGUGUCGGCGCCAUGGAGAUAGUUGCCAUGGAUAUGAAAGUCAGUGGCAUGUACAUAGCCCGGCAGCUCAGCUUUUCUGGCGUGUCGUUUCGGAUCGAGGAAAUCGCACUGGACGAAGAGUUCAAGGUGGUCUACAACAAGGCAGCCCAACUGUGGGCUGAAGCGAUGGAAGUGUUCACCAAGGCAGCGGAUUUGCUGGGACUGGUCUCUCGGAAGUCCCUCUGGGGCCAGUUUUGGGCCGCCCACCAGCGCUUCUUUAAAUACCUCUGCAUCGCUGCCAAAGUGCGCCGUCUGGUGGAGCUCGCUAAGGAUGAGAUGAGUCAGGGCAAGUGCGUUGUGAUUGGGCUGCAGUCAACUGGCGAGGCCCGCACUCGUGAGGUUCUGGACGAGAAUGAUGGACACUUGGACCGAUUCGUCUCUGCAGCUGAGGGCGUGUUCCAGUCGAUGGUUCAGAAGCACUUUCCGUUAGAGAAACCGAAGCGAGAAAAGACCGCUGGAAAUAAAAGAAAACAUCUCAUAGGAAAACCAAGAGGUCGGCCACCCAAGUUUCCAAAACACUGUGUAGAGAUAGGCGGCGUUAUUAAGAUCAGCGACGGCUCAGAUACGGACUCUGAGGACAUGGAUAGCGACUCAAACUCUUCCCCUGAGUCACUGCAAGACAAUGAUGACGUCAUCUUUGUUAACCACAUCAAUGGACCUACUGCAAAACUGGAGGAGUUGAAGCAGGGAUUGCUGGCUAAGAUAGCAGAGCUGGGAAAGGAGCUUCCUCUUAAUACACUGGAUGAGCUGAUUGAUCAAUUUGGAGGGCCAGAGAAAGUGUCCGAGAUGACGGGUCGUAAGGGCCGAGUGGUGCGGAAUCCGGAUGGCAGCGUAGAGUAUGAAUCGCGUGCUGAACAAGGAUUCACCAUCGACCAUGUCAACAUCAAAGAGAAGGAACGCUUCAUGGAUGGUGAAAAACUGGUGGCGAUCAUCUCAGAGGCUGCAAGUUCAGGGAUUUCUCUCCAGGCGGAUAAACGUGUGCAGAAUAAAAGGAGAAGGGUGCAUAUGACGCUGGAGCUGCCGUGGAGCGCUGACCGUGCCAUCCAGCAAUUCGGUCGCACUCAUCGCUCUAACCAGGUAAACGCUCCAGAGUACAUCUUCCUGAUCUCGGAGUUAGCAGGAGAGCGGCGCUUUGCUUCCAUCGUGGCCAAGCGCCUGGAGAGUUUGGGGGCACUGACGCAUGGUGAUCGACGAGCCACUGAGUCCAGAGAUCUGAGCAAAUACAACUUUGAAAACAAAUAUGGCACAAAAGCUUUGGAUAAGAUCACAAAAUCCAUCAUGGGAUACAUUGAAAACAAAGUUCCACCACCAAAAGGCUAUCCAGGGGGUGAAGCAAGAUUCUUCACAGAUAUGAAGAAAGGGAUGAUCGACGUGGGCAUUUUCUGUAAGGAGUCACGCUUUGGCCUCAGCACAGAGAAAGAUUGCACCACCACUAAAUUCCUGAAUCGGAUUCUGGGCCUGGAGGUGCACCAGCAGAACUUUCUCUUCCAGUACUUCAUCGACAACUUUGAAUACCUGAUUGACAAGGACAAAAAGGAAGGCAAAUAUGACAUGGGUAUACUCGAUCUUGCUCCAGGUAAUGAUGAGAUCCAUGAAGAAAAAGAGGAAGUAUUCCUGACUCCUGGGAACCCCCAAGAAGGCCAGGUCAUCCUCUAUAAGAUCAGCGUGGAUCGAGGGAUGCCAUGGGCCGAGGCCUGCAGCAAAGCAGAGACACUGACUGGGGAAUAUGAGGGCUUCUAUCUUUCCCACAAGCUGCGAGGGAGCCAACCGUGUGUGUUGCUGGCAGAGCAAGGCCGAGGUCAUAACCUCGUUGUCUAUAAGCCGAACAUCGGCAGGCAGGCCCACCCUGAGAACCUGGACAAUCUGCUGCAGCGGUACCGCAAGGUGACACCAGACGAUGCCAAAGAUUGCUGGGAGAGUCAGUUUGUCUUCUCUUUCCAGAAGUGCAGCCACGCCAACUGGAAAGGUAAGUGUAAGCAAGUGGAGCAAGGUCACGAGUGCUGGCUGGGGAUGCGUCUGCGACAGUACCACAUGCUGUGUGGAGCUUUGCUGAGAGUGUGGAAGCGAGUCGCAGAUGUCGUCUCUGAUAUCACCAACUCCAGCAUCCUGCAGAUCGUGCGCCUCAAAACCAAACAGAACAGCAAGCAAGUCGGUAUAAAGAUACCAGAGAACUGUGUGGAGCGUGUGCGCAGCGAGCUCGCUCAGAUGGACUCCGAGGUGAAGCGACUUCGGCAGCAGAAGGAGCAGCAGGCGCGGGAGCAGCAGGCGCGGGAGCAGCGUGCACGGGAACAGCGUGUACGGGAACAGCGUGCACGGGAACAGCGUGCACAGGAGCUUCUCGAGCAGCAGAAACUCCUCUACAGCCAAAAGGUCUUCGGUCAUCACCCUGCUAUGCAUCUCUCAAACCCCUCAUCGUACCUGGGCCUGCAUCCGGGCCGGGCUGUCUUGCCCAAGAGUCAGGCUGUGAACGAAGUGCUAGACCUCACACUCAGCCCCUGCCCAUCCCCUGAGACCAAACCGACUCAUCUGAACGGCACACUGAGUCUAAACGGAAUAGCAGGGAUGAACGGCGACUUUGGCAUGCAGAGAGGAGCGGCGGAAGGAGGGCUGAAGUUCCCCGAGACGUAUCACCUGGAAGAACUGAUCUCGCAAGAGCAGCAGAGGGAGAGACGACCGCCCUUACAGCACAGCAUGGCUCAUAACAGCUUAGACAGACUGCAAACCAUCCACACGCAGAAACAGCACACAAUGCUGAGCGUGCUGCAGCAAAACCCAGCAAGCCUGGGACAUUUGCUCACGGCCCAGCAGAACUCCUCCUCCUCCUCCUCCUCCUCCUCCUCCAUUCAAUUCAAGACGCAGCUGCUAAGACACAACGGGAGCAAACCAGACAUUAGCACGCUAACCAACCACGGCGUACGCGUGCAACAUUUUCAGCAGCAUGUAAACUCCUCCAUGUCACGGCCACCUGGCUUGCUUCAGCCCUCUCCGAUACAGCAGGACGGUCAUCAACACUCACUGAUGCACACACGCACACACAGUUUGCAUACACACGUACGGGAAAACCAAAUGGCAGGCAGCGAUCCUGCGCCGCUUUUACUAAAACUGGGCCCGCAGGGGUCACUCAGCAGUCAGCCGGUCACAGAAAACUCUGCCACGCCGCAGGACGACUUCACUUUCAACCUCGACCUGCUCAGUCAGCCUGCUUUCUCGUUAACCCCUCAAGCCCCGCCCUCACCUUCGUUUUCUAGCUCCUCCCCUGGGACAUCGUCGCUCUUCUCUACAGAUCCGCAGUCGUCUUCACUCUCGGACUCCAUCUCGCCUUCUUCGCUGUUCGCGUCUUCGUCCGAGCGACUGCCUCUUCCAUUACCCAACGGCCACUGCAGCACGGACACCCAGGACGCCCAUAAAGCUGUCGAGCGAAUGGCUCACGGGGGUCCCGCCGACCGCCGCCACUCCGUCAUUCAGUUCAAUCCUCUAGACUGGAACGCCACCUAGUGGCCACUAACGCCUGCGAGCUCAUAUCACCACUGUACAUGCACACGACAGUACUGUCACUUUUUUUUUCUUUACUGUGAUCUCAGCGUGUCUGGCUGAGGUAUUUUGCAGUAGGUGUUGUGUUUGUUCGUUCUUCAGUUCGUCCCAACCCCAAGCGUUCAUCCUCCGGCUAUAGAGGUUUUCGACCCACGUGACCGUUGCCAUGUCGACAAGUAGAUGGCGCCAUUUUGGCGGUCACAACAAUGGCGACUCCCGCUAGAUCCGUAUACCGGUAUAUCUGUAUCCCACAUGAUCUAUGUCGUUAAAAACCCAUCGCCAUACACAGGUAUUGAUCUGAAAGCGUAUACGAGUUUGGAUGCCUACAAAUAUUUUGUGUCAGGCUGGGUAACAUGCCUACAUCAGUGGGUCGUCCCUGGAGCCGGUGGUCGCCAUCUUAUUACAGCUAAGGUUUGUUCAUAUUUUCAUUUACUUUCGGUCCUCAGGAUAAACAAAAUGUUAUUAAAUGUUAUUGAAAUAACUUCUUAGUCUGUUGAGACAUGGCCCGUUAUAAAUUUGCUGUUACCAGGCACUGACCAAGAACUGUAUUAUUAGGGUCGGUGUCUGUGUUGUAGCAGUGUACUAGCAGCUAGCUGUUAGCACUAGCUAAUGUCAACAACAUAGCUAGUAUGUUACCGUAGCAAUGUUUACGU